GGGGGUGGUGGGUGGGUGGGAUUUCAGGAAUGGAUCUGAACACUGCGGGCCCUGGAAACUCUUUAAGAAGCCCAGGAAGCAAAGCGGGGGAAGGGGGGCCAAGCAUGUACUGCCAAACUGAGAUGCCAGCAAUGAGCAGUUGAUUCGUUCUCUCCUCCCAACGCGCUACAGCUCCUACAUACCGAAGUCUUCAUCUCUCCAUCUCUGCGCUGCUGCCGGCUGCGCAAUCUGCGCACCCAGACUCCGGUGCUAGCCAGGGACCCCGACUCCGGACUCCGGCUGCACGGAUCUUGUCCCAGGGAGAGCGAAGCAUGUCGUCCGAAAAGUCAGGCCUCCCGGACUCAGUCCCUCACACCUCUCCACCGCCCUACAAUGCCCCCCAGCCCCCCGCGGAACCGCCUGCCCCGCCCCCACAGACAGCCCCUUCCUCGCACCAUCACCACCACCACCACUACCACCAGUCCGGCACGGCCACCCUCCCGCGCUUAGGGGCAGGGGGCCUGGCUUCUGGGGCCGCCGCUCAGCGCGGUCCCUCGUCCUCCGCCACCUUGCCAAGGCCCCCACAUCAUGCCCCUCCUGGCCCGGCCGCUGGGGCGCCCCCACCCGGCUGCGCUACCUUGCCCCGCAUGCCACCCGACCCUUACCUGCAGGAGACUCGCUUCGAGGGCCCACUGCCCCCACCGCCGCCCGCCGCCGCCGCCCCGCCCCCGCCGGCGCCCUCUCAUACUGCCCAGGCCCCGGGCUUUGUGGUGCCCACGCACACGGGAGCUGUAGGCACGCUGCCGCUGGGGGGCUACGUAGCCCCAGGUUACCCUUUACAGCUGCAGCCUUGCACUGCCUACGUGCCGGUCUACCCGGUGGGCACGCCCUAUGCAGGCGCGACCCCGGGGGGAACAGGAGUAACCUCCACGCUCCCCCCGCCACCCCAGGGCCCAGGGCUGGCCCUGCUGGAGCCAAGGCGCCCGCCCCACGACUACAUGCCCAUCGCGGUGCUGACCACCAUCUGCUGCUUCUGGCCUACAGGCAUCAUUGCCAUCUUCAAGGCAGUGCAGGUGCGCACGGCCUUGGCCCGCGGAGACAUGGUGUCAGCUGAGAUCGCUUCACGCGAGGCCCGGAACUUCUCCUUUAUCUCCCUGGCGGUGGGCAUUGCAGCCAUGGUGCUCUGUACCAUCCUAACCGUAGUCAUCAUCAUUGCAGCGCAGCACCACGAGAACUACUGGGAUCCGUAAGGACGUCCACGGCCCGGCCCCCACCCUAUGCCCCUCGACGUCCCAAGCACGUUUUGCCGUCAAGCCGGGGAUCCACAGUGGGCGCCCCGCACACCCGCUUCUGGGGCUACUGGACUUGGUUACAUCCUAAACUAGGCCUCCACGGAAACUCUCGCCUUGCGAGCACGCUCGGAAUCCAGUUCCUCAGGAACCUCGCCAAAACCCACACUAAUAGGGACGCCACUUCCCGGCCAGGCCCUCAGUCGCUCCAGGCCCCCACCUCCUCUAAAUACAGCACCCCUAGCCGAAGUCCCUUGGUCACGCCUCCCCAGCCUGAAAACUGGUCCCUAAAGCCCCGCCUCCUCUAUAGGUUCCGCCCCGGCUCUGAUAAAACCCCGCCUCCAGGUCGGCAGGCUCCGCCUUCUUUUCUUCCCUGCGGGGUGAUUCAGUCCGGUGAUUGGUUUGUGGCGCCAGGCCUCGCCCCGAUAGUUGUCAAUAUACUUGUCACUCCACACCUUCUCCCUGCGUGAGAGCCGAGCCCCAGGUUAGCCAUAACCCCCACCCUCACUUCCAGUUCUGUCUCUCCUCCACUCCAUCCCCGUCUAUUUUCAUGCUAAUCCCAGGACCUCUAUAACUUUUGGGGUUCUUUCUUUAUUUAUUUUUUUGAAAUGAGGUUUAGGAGGUUACCGGUUUCGGAACCUUCGGAACCUGGGAUGAAGAUUACGUCCCCGUUCUCUGUAAAUACUCCCUUCCUCCUAUCCCAACUGGGCAAGCGGGCAGAAAGAACCGAGGGUAUAAACCUUCCAAUAUCUGGAGGGAGCCAGCCCAAUCCCCGUUCCUCAGUAGUCCUCACCUUGUUCUGAUCUGUGUGUGAGUGUGUGUGUGAAUUUCUGAAAGACAAAAUUAAAUAGAUUAAGUGGAUUUAUCACCCUCAAUCCCGAA